AUAUGCAACAUACUAGUGACUAGUCUAUGGUUAUAUCUUUUUGUGAAGCGUACUUGAACCGCUAGUCAAUCAUCCAACACAGGACGGUGCAAACAUGCUGUAGUCUUUUGUAUUCUUAUAUUUGUCUAAAUAGUAAAAACCAAAUAAAAAACAUAUAAUUUUUUUAACGCUAGAUAUAUUAUGCUAUUACAAACUCUGAAAAAUAUUACAGACAAUUUUACAACCGACAAUUCUAUAUGUCUUAUAAAGAUUCAUGUCUGACUGCAUCAUCUGAGCCGUCAUAUCAGAUCCAUCCUUGACAAUACUCUUUGCGCUAUAUUGUAGUUCUCUUGUACGAUGUUUCUCUAUUAAUUCGCAUAUAAACAUAUAAUUUGUGAAAUGUUGUUUUAUUAAGGAAAACUUAGUUCUAAAAUAUUAAAUGGGAAUUACUUGAAAAGUUUAUUGAUCUCAUGAUGGUAUUUGAUAAGAUUGGGUCAUACUAUGUCGAACAAGAAUGUUAAACCGGAACCGGAAUUUAAUCCGGAACAUUGUACCUUAAACCCUCCGAAUCAGCUAGAGACUCUCCGGACGUUUGACCUUAAACCCUAAUCCUCCUUCUCUCUCACUCCAAAAACAUAUUUUUUUGAAGACUCGCUUUCGCGCGCCGAUCAAUGCAAGGGAAUCACGACGGCUCGUGGCCCCUACGCGCCUCCGCGAACGGUGGAAGCGGCGGGUAUCAUCCUCAACCCACUCGUAUGUACUCCAAUUUCAAUAUCCAACAACCGAUCAGAUACAAUCUCCAAACCCAGCAGAAUCUCAACUUCGCUCAUCCACCACAGAUCCCAACCUUCCGUCCUCAAUUCCAUGGAUCAUGUGGCAAUGUAGAAGCCAUACGAAUCGAUAACGCCGUCAAGGAGACGCGUAGAUCGCUCGUUGCUGCUGGAGAGAACGUUUCUUCGAUUAGAGUGUCGCAGUCUGUUUUAGCACAGCUACAACAGCAGCCUGAUUCUCAGCGAUCAUUGGGGAUGCAGAUGCAAGACGUUCCUUCGCUUCGCCAGCUCAUGACCCUUGAAGGCAAGAUAUAUGCGUUUAUUCACUGCUUCAUUGGCGCUAGAGGGAUUGUGACUCUGCAUGAUUUGGAAGUAGCAAUAUGCCGAAACGAGUUUGUUGAUUGUUUUGAUGAUUUAAAGUUGGGACCUUUGCUAAGGCAUCCACUUGUCUUGUUGUAUUUCCCGUCUAUAUCUGGUUGUUCUGGUCCGGUUCAGAUCACUAGCGAGGAGAUAAUAUCGUUUCUUGAUAGCUAUCUGAGCACUUACGGUAUGGACGAUGUUAAGCUCGAUGACUUCCUUGAUUAUGUUGCUGAGAAGAAGUCUGUUAUAGGCAAGGAGAAGCUUGGUGUGCGUAUUCAGAGCUUGCGGAUGUAUGUAUCUUUCAUUCAAGAUGCAAAGAGACAAGAACGCGAAACAUUGGAGACCUUGCUGACUGGACUGCAUCAGAAGCAUCACAACGUUUCAUCAAAGAAACAGCUGCGAGAUAAAUCCCCUACCGUCUCUGAGGAUAGUGACGUAGCUGCUUUGCAUCGUAAGGAUUAUUGUGGCAAGCAUACAAGAUAUGAUUCAUCGAGCUCAGAUGACGAUGAUAGUGGUGAUUAUGAGGUUAAAUAUGUUAAUAGCUCUGACCAUGUCAGUAGUUGUCCAUAUCCAUCUGUUGCAGAAGAGGUGAAGAAACUUGGGAGGUCUAAAAAGAAAAGGAAAGCAGAAACUAAGAAAAGGAAGGCAGAAACUCGUAGUCAUGAAAAAUCUGAUUUGUCCAAACAGCUUAGAAGAAGCCCUUCUAAAUUACGUAGAGGACAUGUGAAACAAGAGAUACCUGAACCGGCGGAUGAUUCUGAUACCAAGCAGGUUUUCAGUUUCAAUGAGGCUGAUUUCACACUCUCUGAAGGAGCUUUGAGAUUGUUCAUUUCGACUUGGAAGGACGCUUGUAAAGAGCUAAGCAUGUCAAUGUUUGUCGAGAAGAUUUUGUCUUUUUACAACUUGAGAGGCUCCGAAGCACAACCUAAGACUAAGCGUAAAAGAGCCAAAGCUAUGUCAUCAUUUCCAUUUGUUGGAUUACUACAUGUCGCUAGGGAGCUUGUAACAGAGGCUCUUGAGGGACAGAAACCAAUGGAGAUCACAAAUAGAAACUUGGUAGCUGGAUACGAUAAUAGUGCAGGCACAAGUUCACGAGCUACGAAGCCACCAAUCCCAUUGCAUAACAUGAUGAGUAGCUCAACCUCAGGGAAUCUUGCUCAUGAAUGGAACAACUCCAUCUCAACUGACUUGAGCACGAGAGAUCAGUUUCACACCGGCACAGAUCGGGCUACACUUUUGCAAUACACUGGUAAAAAAGGUGAAGAGAUCGCUUUCAGAUACUAUGCUGCAAAAUACGGCAAGGACGCUGUGGUUAGUUGGAUAAACGAGCAGAGCGAGACCGGGUUACCUUACGACCUAGUAAUCAAAAACAGAGGUGGGAAGAAAGAGUACAUAGAGGUGAAAGCAACGGUAUCAGCAGCUAAAGAUUCUUUCAACUUGACGGUGAAGGAGUGGCAAUUUGCAAAUGAGAAAGGAGAGAGUUACGUGAUUGCUCAUGUUUUAUUAGGCAACAGUAAUGCCAUCCUCACACAGCAUAGGAACCUUGUCAAGCUAUGCCAAGAAGGUCAUCUCCGGUUAAUGAUUAUCAUGCCCAAUCAGCGCAACGGCGCCAAAAUUGAAUUCUAAAACCCAAGAUUGGUAAGUUAGCAGUGGCAUGAACUUAAUUAAGAUGUAAAGACAGCCAGCAUAUUAAAAACAUGAAGGAUGGUUUAGCCAAAGGAAUCAGAAGAGGAUUGUUUUGUUUGUU